AGCGACCAGCUAGUGACUGUAGAUGGCAGACCGGAAGUUCCGGCUGUUGGUGGCAGCAGCUGUCUGUGUUUAGGAUUUUGGCCUGGAGCUGUGUCAGUGUAGCGGCCUAUGAGCGGGGCCUGGAAACGCAACGACGGUGGACUGUUGUGGGCGGCGACAACAGGGCUGGUUUUCGGCCGGGAUGUGUGUGGGCAGUAGGGCCGGUGCUUAGAGUUUGGCCUCAUGUUAUUAAGAGCAGCUUGAGGGGAUCUCUAGUGGGGCCUGUGCUUGUGGAUUCAGACUUUAACCAGACAGAUUACAAGGGCUCUGUCAGAUUAACCUGUAACUGUCAGGGAGGAUAGAAGAUCCUUCAUUAAUUUGCAUGUGUAUUACUGUAAGCAUAGGAUUGAUCUGUUGGUGCUAGAGGCUUUAUAAGGCCCCUAAUUAAUUUGUAUGUGUAUUACUGUACCUUGAGAAUAAGCCGUGAGUGCAGAGGGCUUCAGUUAAUAGUUAUAUAGUGAAACACUUGGUUCUUAUUAAGUAUUUGGUUAUAGGGGUUCUUCUGUUCGUUUGCGUGGGAUACACAGAGACACUAUCGAGCCAUUGAGUUAACACUUGAAUACAACGUUUGGAUGUUUCCGCCAACAACAAAGGCUUAACUAGAUAUUUGGAGAUUAGUCUUUUCUAUUUGAUUUUGGGGCAAGACCCCAAUUUUUUUUUUAAAUAUAAUUACUGGGUCCCCUUGAUCAAGGGGUCCCUCGCCAUCAGUGAAAUUGGGGGUGGCACCAAGCAUCCCGAGGAUUGGAGGGGUGACUGCGGGAGGCCCUGGGAUGAAAGGAAAGGAGGAGGGUGGUGGAGGACGCCCCUCGGGGGUCAGUGGGGGAUCUGGAGGAACAGGGGGUAGCCCUGAGAAUGUCAGCGCUCAAGAACUUAAAGAACAAGGUAACAGACUGUUUGUGGCCCGGAAAUACCAAGAAGCGGUGUCCUGUUAUAGCAAGGCCAUUACCCGAAACUCCUCCGUUGCUGUGUAUUACACUAACCGGGCGUUAUGCUACGUGAAGAUGCAGCAGCUGGACAAGGCCCUGGCAGACUGCAAACAUGCCUUAGAGUUGGACUGUCAGUCGGUGAAAGCCCACUUCUUCCUGGGACAGUGUCAGAUGGAACUAGAGAAUUAUGAUGAAGCCAUUGCCAAUCUACAGAGAGCAUAUAACCUGGCCAAGGAGCAGAGGCUGAACUUUGGAGAUGAUAUCCCCAGCGCCCUGCGAAUUGCCAAGAAGAAACGUUGGAACAGCAUAGAGGAGAGACGGAUUAACCAGGAGAACGAGCUGCACUCCCAUCUCACCAAACUCAUCCUGGCCGAGAAAGAGAGAGAACUUGAAGAAGCAAAGCGAAAACACCAAGAGGAUAGCGUAGAGGAGAGUAGAGGUCGAGCCCUGUUGUCUAGUGUGGCCUCAAAACAUGACAAGUAUCUUGCUGACAUGGAGGAACUUUUCUCUCAAGUGGAUGAAAAGAGAAAGAAGCGAGACAUCCCGGAUUAUCUGUGCGGCAAAAUCAGUUUUGAGCUCAUGAGGGAACCCUGCAUAACACCCAGUGGAAUCACGUACGAUAGGAAAGACAUCGAGGAGCAUCUCCAGAGAGUCGGGCACUUUGACCCAGUGACUAGAAGCCCUUUGACUCAAGACCAGCUCAUUCCCAACCUGGCCAUGAAAGAAGUUAUCGACACGUUCAUAUGUGAGAAUGGCUGGGUGGAGGACUAUUGAUCGUGGCGAAGACUAUCCGUGGCCUGGCAUUGCUAUUAGAGUCGUACUCCUCUUGUGUCGCAGACUGUGCCUGUCCAGCCUUACGCCUUACUCAUCUCCCUUACGUGUCUGAGCCCUCUGCCAGAAGCCUAGUCUCUUCUAUUCUAGAACCCAAGUCUGUGGCCCUUUCUCUUUCGGAUAUCAGAACUUCUCCGUCUCUUGUUUGUGUGCAUUUCCCAGAUUCGCGAAUACGGUAACCUUCUAGUGAGUGGAACGCCUGCCUGCUUUGACUUCCUCUUUCAUUUCCUUUUCACUUCUCCUUGGAGGACCCUACUCAGCAAUGGAGUCUUUUAUAGCCGUGAGGUUUAAGGGCUGCAGAACUAUGUUCUGGUGAUUAGCAACCCAGCAUGCACUCUGCCAGUCGUCAUGUCCCACCCAGAAGUAUUUCGUUCUAUUCGGAGACUGUGCUACUACGGCAAGAGAACAAGCCCAGCGUAAAUUCUUCUGUAUGCCAAUAUUUUACCCUUUGGAUUCAACUCAAGGGUCUGGUGUGUUCUUAUCUAGCUGCUCGACCGUGGUGUUCAGCAUCGGAGUUUGUUUUUGAAGUCCUCACAUUGCUUUGGUUCGUCUGCUCUAGAGCAGUUGAUCUAUAAAUUAAGAAACAGCAGCCCAUGAUGGCAGGACACAGAGCAGCACCGCAGAACCUUCAGUGUGAGCUUUGGUAUAGCGAAUGGCUAUGAAUGAAGAGACCUGGCUAAUGACAAAUGGCAGCUGACUAAGUGCAGGAAGAAGUGCAAUGCAUGAAACACAUGAAACCUUUAGAUCAUUAGUCCUAAAGCUGAAGAUGGAACUUGGACCUAACUAGACCCGACACAUACAUACGCCAAGGCACAUCUGCAGCAAUGAAUGUAACCACCCUGGGGAUUUGAACUCCUUUGCUUUACUCUGUACAUAGUCCAUGUAAAUAUGUUUGUGUCUCUUGAUAUGUGUGUGUAUGUGGCCAUUGAGGAGUGUGGCAGCCCCUCCGUGAAUACAGGUGCAUACAUUAAAGGAGUUCCGCUGUA